GACUGUGGCCUUGGUAGUGUGAAUAGAGGAAUAACUGACAGUCAGACGCCCUGGUGUGCUGGACUGGCACCCAGGGGAGUGGCCACCACUCCUGUGAUUGUGGAACAGAGACGGUUGCAGGAAGUAUCCAGUUCAACUGGAGAAUUGAAACGGCACCUACACAGAGCCAUUCUUUGACUUUUCUUCUUCGGAACACAUGUUUUCACAUCUUUCCUUUGACUGUGUCCUGCUGUUGCUGCUACUACUUACAAGGUCUUUGGAAGGGGAAUACACAGCCAAGGUGGGUCAGAAUGCACAUCUGCCCUGCCACUACUCUCCAGCCCCCUCUGAGGAUCUCGUGCCUGUGUGCUGGGGCCGGGGACCCUGUCCUGUGUUUGAAUGUCAUGGUCUAGUGGUCAGCACUGAUGGAAAGAACUUGAAAUACCAGAUAUCCAGCAGAUAUCGGCUGACGGGGCAUUUAUACAAAGGAGACGUGUCCUUGACCAUAGAGAAUGUGACUUUAGCUGACAGUGGGACCUAUUGCUGCCGGAUCCAAUUCCCAGGCCUAAUGAACGAUAAAAAAACAAACCUGGAGUUGGUCAUCAAACCAGCCAAGGUCACCACUGCUCCCAGUCCAUGGAGACAUUUCACUACAGCCUUUCCAAGGAUGCUCACCACCAAGGGACGUGGCUCAGAGACACAGACAUUGGAGACCCUCCAUGACAAAAAUCUAACACAAAUAUCCACAUUGGAUAAUGAGUUACAAGACUCUGGCGCGACCACCAGAAUAGGCGUCUACAUCGGAGCAGGGGUCUCUGCUGGGCUGGCUCUGGCUCUUAUCUUUGGUGCUUUAAUUCUCAUAUGGUAUUCUCAUAGCAAAGAGAAGUUACAGAAUUCAAGCCUUGUCACUUUGGCCAACCUCCCUCCCUUGGGAUUAGAAAAUGCAGGAGCAGAAGGGAUGCGCUCAGAGGAAAACAUCUAUACCAUUGAGGAGAACAUAUAUGAAAUGGAGGAUCCAUAUGAGUAUUACUGCUCUGUUAACAGUGAGCAACAAUCCUGACAACGUCUGGGUUGUCACCUUUCAAUGCUGUCAGAUCCAACUACUUCAUUUUUGAGCUUGGUAUUCUUUGAAAACUGUGAAAUGUGUCAGCUGACCGGUUUUAGAGGCUCUGUCCAUGGCCACCAAGCAGAGUUUUUCCAUUUUCUGAAGAUAAUUAGCUCACUUGGGGAUUGAACUGUGACCUGCACUCUACUUAUGCCCAUCACUUCUGUAUUCCAGCCAAUGGCGCUACCCAACUCAGAGAGUGCUAAUCAAGGCAUUAGAGAUCUAAUGGGCUUUUAUACAAAGGAGGAAUUUUUAAUAUGGGAGCUCUGAAAUUCCGGGAAAUUCCAUCUUAUCAUGUGUCCAUGAAGUUCCCAAAAAUAUAGGUCAAAUUAUGUGCUGAGAUAUAUGUGCAUGUCUUUUUUGGCACAGAAAGUCUAAAGGAGUCACUUAUUUUCAAAGAAAUCUGUGACCCAUAAAAGGUUAAGAAACUACUGGAGUAGGAAGAUGAUCUUGGAAGUUCCCUCUGAGUCUCAAGGUUUAUGCUUCUUUGAAUGUUGAUUCUCCAACAGUAAGUGCCACGGCACAGCUCUGCUUUGCCAUUUGAGAAGACUGCCCAGCAAGAACUGUGUUGUGGCAGGCGUUCCCGAGAAAAAGGAAGUGCACUUGGUGUGUUUUGCCAAGUUUUGCUUGUGGUGCACUCAGAGUGAAAUAUCUCUGACCAACUUCUCCAUUCAUGGAAAGGACUGGAUCUGUGUUUUUCACAGAAGAAGAAGCAGUGACUGGGACGUAAAUUCCGUUUCCUGGUGGGAAGAAGACAAAGGACUCCAGCAAUCUGUGUUUGUCGGGGUCGGGUCCCUUACGGAAAGACAGUGUUCCUAAGGUUCAAUUCCAAGAUGGUGGCGACUAGGUCUGCUUUGCUUAUUUUUUGCCUUCCCAGUGCCUGGCACAGCUCUGACACAUAAUAGAAAUUUACUAAAUAUCUUUGGAGUGAAAAAAAUUAAAUAAGCAGAAAGGUAGCUUUCUAGAAAGACUUUUCCACUGGAAGCUUAGACAGAUCUCUGUAACUUCUCUUCUUGGAGAAAUCACAAAUACCCUUACGCUCCCAUAUGUGCUCUUAUCUAGGCCGAAGUGGCCUUUGUUUCUCAGCCUCAUCUCCCAGCUCAGACCCUUGGAAGUCUGUUACUCUCUUGCCUGUUUCUCCCUUUCUGCCCAACCCUCAGCAGCACAUGAAGAAUCAAUCAACAAUACAACCUGUUGCUGCCUGAAAACUGCUUGUCCCCAGGUGGUGACUAAAGUGCUACUGUGCCACAUGCAGAAGAUCGUGGUCACCAAAGAUGCAGGCAGCCUGUUUGUUUGUUUCUAGAUGUCUUCCUGGCAGUCUUGUUGUGUGCAUUAUAGUGUUUGGGCUGCAUCUACACAGUUUUGGGAAGCACUGGCUUUCUAGAAGUUGAUAUGUAAGGGAGAUCAUUUUGCAAAGUUAUAGGCGGUUGCUCUUAUACAUGCUGAAAAAUUAAUCGUGUAAGUGUUUUAAAGUAACGAAAUUCUAGGGGAGGGACUUAGAACAUAUUUGGACCAAAUCAGGGGUUCCCCCUGAAAGAGAUUCUUAUUACAAAAAUCUUUAUACAAGGGUUAAUAUACAAGAAUGAUCAUUGCAACGGUGUUUGUAAGAGACUCCUUCCAUCAAUGGGGGAAUAAUUGAUUAUUAUGGUGUGUCAAGACACUGGUGCAGUUAAAAAGAAUACGUGGUUUCAUCAUUGAGCUAUUUUGCUAAUUCAAGAAAUAUUUAUUAAGUGCUUACUAUCUGCCGGGUACUCUGGUGCUGAGAUCAUAGAGACCAAAUAGACACAUCCCUGACCCCGUACAACUUCUAGUUGAUCUGACAGGAAGGAGGACUCAUUCCCUUCAUUCAUUCAGUGAACAUUUACGGGCACCUACUUCGUGCCAGACGCUAUUCUAGUCCCUGGAAAUAUAACAGUGAAAGAAGCAGACACAAUCCCUACUUUCACAGAGCUUAGGUUACCUGUCAGAGGGAAAUACUAUAUUGCUAAGUCAAAAGAAAAAAACAGUUCUAAAAUAGUGUAUAUAGUCGGUGCUAAUUUUUUUUUCUUUAAAAAAUCUGGAAGAAUAUACCCAAAUUAAUAUGGUUAGCCCGUAAGGGCAAAUGGUCAAUAGACAGAUUUUUCCUUUUUCCUUUUAUGUGCUUCUGUAAUGGUUUGAAUUAUUUUCUCCAUUUUCUUUUGUAAUAAAAAAGUUAGAGUUAAGCAUGA